GAAGAAAAAAGAUUGGGGGUUGUGUUGUGUGUGUGCUUUGAUUUGAGGAGGACUAGAAAGCUCGCACCAAGUCUCAACUCUCAACGCAACUGCUUUGCUGAGACUCUCAACAGAAAGCGGUUACACCUUUUUCCGAUCUCUCUAACAGAACAACAACAACAAAAAGCGGUUACACUUUUUUUUUCCCGAUCGGUGAAAAAGUAACCAUGCCUUCCAGAAGAAGAACUCUAUUGAAGGUCAUCAUUCUCGGUGACAGCGGGGUAGGGAAGACAUCUUUGAUGAAUCAAUAUGUGAAUAAGAAGUUUAGCAACCAGUACAAGGCAACCAUUGGAGCGGACUUUUUAACAAAGGAGGUGCAAUUUGAAGAUAGGCUUUUCACCUUGCAGAUUUGGGAUACAGCUGGUCAGGAAAGAUUCCAAAGCCUAGGAGUUGCUUUCUACCGUGGGGCUGAUUGCUGUGUUCUUGUAUAUGAUGUUAAUUCAAUGAAAUCAUUCGACAACCUUAACAACUGGAGGGAGGAAUUUCUGAUUCAGGCUAGUCCUUCCGAUCCAGAGAAUUUUCCUUUUGUUGUUAUAGGAAACAAGGUAGAUAUUGAUGGUGGAAACAGUAGAGUGGUUUCGGAAAAGAAGGCUCGGGCUUGGUGUGCAUCAAAAGGAAAUAUCCCAUAUUUUGAGACAUCUGCCAAGGAAGGUAUUAACGUUGAAGAAGCAUUCCAGUGCAUAGCCAAGAAUGCCCUGAAAAGUGGGGAAGAAGAGGAAUUAUACCUACCCGACACAAUUGAUGUUGGAACCAGCAGUCAGCAACGGGCAACAGGUUGUGAAUGCUGAGAUAUAGACUUGUUUUCAAUACAAUAAAAUUUGUCUGUGUUAGCUAUUUCUGGUGUCUGAGGCUUCAUUGUACAUUGGUGUUUGCUCAAAAACAUAUUGGUCAAGACCUAUUUGCAUGGUGCCUGUUUGAUCGGAUUAAUUUUUCACCUUGUAUGUCAUUCCAUUAUUGUGACAGGCUUGCACGGCUAAGAUAAUCCUCCAGUUAUGAAUA